CGCUGUAAAUGCCGGCUGUCUUUUAAUUGGUUGAAAGUGAAGUAUUGGCGCACUGUUUGAAAGGUGGAACAACAACAACAAGAGGAAGUGGAAAAAGGCAAAUCUCAACAAAAACAACAUUGUUUCAAAACCCUUUUCUAUACUAUUUAAAGUUGUGAAAUGGAUUUUGAAUUUGUGAUACCAGUGUCUAGAGAUGACCUUUUGAAUAAAACUGGUGUGAACCAGUUUGUAGUUGAUGAAAUUCUCACUCUAAGAGAAGUAACUGGCGCUAUACAAGAUGUUAGAGCAGCUUUCCGUAGUAAAGGACCAGAUUGUGUUUUUGGACAUUUUGAUGCUUUCUUCAGUGUACUUUGUUUACAAAAAGAUGUGGAUACAGAGGUAAAAGAGGAUGCCUGGGGACACAUUGUGAAAAUUGCUGCCCAGUUAUCUACAAAACUCGCCACCGUGCUGGAGGAUGAUUUAGACGCAGGAAUGAGGAAAACAAACUGUAACCUUGUCAAGAUGACAUGCUAUCUUCUCUGUCAAUAUAUGGAGAUGCUGGAAUCUGACGAAACUAAACCCAGUACAAACCAAGCUAUCAAGGGCAAGAGCAGGAAGAAGAAGGCAUCUAGUAUGACGAUAGACUGGGCACGAGAGAGGGAGACGGGCAUGAAAACGCUGCUCAAUCUUGUACAGUUACAUAUUCACAGACUAUGGGACCCACCAGUCGUAGAUGAUGAAUUUGUCAGUUUAGUAACAAACUGUUGUUACAAGAUGCUGGAGAACCCAGAGAUAACCCAUGCUGUAAACAAAGAUUUCAGGGACGCCAUCUGUCACAUCAUAGGUGUAAUGGUCAAACGAUAUAACCAUGGUUUAAGUGCUAGUCUGAAGAUAAUACAACUAUUGCAACAUUUUGAGCAUCUUGUUGGUCCGUUGUCUAGUGCUGUUAAAGUUUGUGUAGAGGAUUAUGGUUAUAAAAGCAUUGUAGCAGAAUUAAUCAGAGAGAUAGGUAGAAUGGAUGGAUCAGAUUUCUCACGUGACACGUCAGGUACUCGAGCCUACUCGGCUUUCCUGGUAGAGAUGACAGAGAAAUGUCCCGCAGCUGUUUUACCAAACAUCAGUCUACUCUUGUGUCACCUUGAUGGAGAGUCACAUGCUAUGAGGAAUGGUGUACUGGCAGCCAUGGGAGAAAUCCUUAUGAAGGUGCUCAGUAAAGAUGACCUGGACGAGAAAAUGAAGGACACAAGGGAUCAGUUCUUAGAGAAAUUAGAGGAUCAUAUACAUGAUAUACAUGCUUAUGUAAGAAGCAAGGUUCUCCAAAUAUGGCUUCUAGUGGUCAAUGCCAAAUGUCUGCCACUCCCUCACCAGGAAAAUCUUCUGUGUCUGGUUAUUGGACGUCUACAGGACAAGUCGAGUUCUGUGAGGAAAUAUGCCAUACAGUUAAUUACAGCUUUGUUGAAGAACAACCCAUUUGCUGCUAAGUUAUCAGUGCAGGAGUUGGAGCUGAGUUACGAGAAAGAGAAAGAAAAACUGAAGGAGCUGAAACCAGAUGAUGAAGAGGUGGAUGAUCCUAAUGCAACAUUUAAGGAGAAGACAGAAGAAGAAUGGGUAGAAAUGAAGAAGAAUCUUCAACCUAUCAUAGAUGAGCUGGCAGAGGAUGAUGAAAAUCGCAGCACGCCAUCUAGUCUUAUAUCUGAAGAAGACACAAUGGACAUUGUAUUGGAGAAGAUUUAUCAGCAGCUAACUAGUAGUCAACUUAAAGAUGCAGUAAUGUUGAUGAAUGCAGCUAGAGAAUCUUUCCCUGAUAUUGCUACAGAGAAACAAUCGACUGAAGAAGAAAACGAGGAGGAGGAGAAAGAGCCUGUUACCAUGGAUACCAUUACAUGCUUGAAAAAUCUUUUCAUAGAAAGGAAGCAUGCAAGUCAUGCCCUGACUGCCACUGAGGCCAUGCAGACAGACACGCAAACAGAUCCUACUGUUGCAAGUGAGAUUGCCAAGCAACAAAUUCUAGUACAGUAUCUCAAGGAGUCUCUUGCAUUUGCCACCCAGCUACAGGCAGCUGUACCAGUCAUCUCACAACUCCUUGGCUCUAAAAAUCUCACCGAUGUGAUGGAGGCCAUUGAAUUUUUUGUCACGGGUUUCGAGUUUGGUCUGACAGCAACUAUGAUAGGAAUCAGACGAAUGUUACCUUUGAUUUGGUCAAAGGAGGCAGGGAUUAAAGAUGCCGUGGUUGCAGCAUAUAAAAGACUUUAUUUAAAUCCACAAGGGGGAAAUGCAAGGUCAAAGGCUCAAGCAAUUGUGAACAAUUUAUCAGCUUUAACAAUGGGAGCUACAUUAUGUGACCUUACUUCACUGGAUGGUCUGAUUGUUGAGUUGAUGAAGUCUGGGGAGCUAGGACAGAAUGUUAUACAGAUGUUGUGGGAAAGGUUCACCAUGAAGAUAGCUGGUACCACACCUGAUGAGAGCCGGGCCGCUGUACAACUGAUCGCAAUGGCUGCUGGGGCUGAUAUGGCAGUUGUUAAGACAAACAUUGAUGUAUUGGUAAGGGAGGGCCUUGGCCCCAGGGCGGACACCGACCUACUCCUGGCUAGAGAUACUUGCCUGGCACUACUGAAGUUGAGCACUCCAAAAACUAUGAAGGGAGAUGUGGCAAGUGACCCGUACAGACUGUCAGAAACACACGAUAUGUUCACAAGCCUCACCAGAAUCCUUGUCAAAUCUGCGACUGACCUGGAGAACCGUUACUGGAUACCAUUAAUGGAGCAAGCUGUCAAUGUUAUAUACAAGCUAGCCGAGUCACCGGACAUUAUCUGUGGAGAUCUGAUUAAAAAGCUUUCCAAGGAGUGUAGUCAGGCUGGAGAAACUGCAUGUAGUCAGGCUGGAGAAACUACAGGCGAGAAGGAAAACCUGGAGGGUGAUGAUGACGGAAAUCCUUUAGAUGUAUUAGAAAAGGAUGAUGAGACAGAGAAGGUGGGUUUCGCCUCCGGUGUGUUGGCUCGUCUACUGUCUCUAGUGGGUCAUGUAGCACUACGUCAACUGGUACAUCUGGAUGUGGCCGUGUUUGGUGAGAUGAAGAGACGUAGGGCUAUACAGGAACAGAAAGAUUGGAUACAAACUCCUGCCAGUAAACAGAAUAGAGCCAAGGACAAUGAGAAUAUAGAAGAAGAGAUGGGAUUAGCUGGGGCAGCAGCAGAAGAUGCUGAAUCUGAAUAUAUCCGUAAAAUAUGUGAAUGUGAGGUCGUAACAGGAAACACACUGCUGGCAGCUUUUGGUCCACUAUUAGAGGCGGUAUGUAGCAACCACCAGAAAUACCCGGACACCGAGUUACAGACAGCCGCCACAUUAGCUCUGGCCAAGUUUAUGAUGGUCAGUUCGGAGUUCUGUGACCAGCAUCUACAAUUGUUGUUUACAAUGUUAGAGAAGUCCACCAGUCCUAUCAUACGUGCAAAUACUAUCAUCGCCAUGGGAGAUCUGUGCUUUAGGUUUCCUAAUCUGAUUGAACCUUGGACUCCUCAUCUCUAUGCAAGACUAAGAGAUGAAUCAUCAGAUGUAAGGAAGAACACAAUGCAGGUGUUGACACAUCUCAUCCUGAAUGAUAUGAUCAAGGUGAAAGGUCAAAUCAGUGAAAUGGCCAUAUGUAUAGUUGACCAUGAUGAAAGAAUUGCAAGUCUUGCUAAACUUUUCUUCAAUGAGUUAGCUAAGAAGGGUAACGCUGUGUACAACAUUAUGCCAGACAUGAUCAGUCGUCUCUCAGAUCCUGACAUCGGCAUUGAUGAGGAACAUUUCAGAAUUAUCAUGAAGUACCUGUUCUCAUUUAUACAGAAAGACAAACACUGUGAGAGUCUGGUGGAGAAGUUGUGCCAUAGAUACAGAGCCACUAGAGUGGACAGACAGUGGCGUGACUUGUCAUUUUGCCUCUCUAUGUUAUCAUACAGUGAGAAGUCUAUAGCAAAACUACAUGAGAAUUUCAUGUGUUUUGCUGACAAACUGGCCGAUGAGGAGGUCUAUAACUGUUUCUGUACAAUAAUAACAAAGUCUAGGAACUUCGCUAAACCCGAGGCAAAGACAUUGAUAGAUGAAUUAGAACAGAGAGUUGAAGGUUGUCACAAGAAGGGCCUCAAUGAGGACGAGUUAGUGGAGCGUGCUGGGGCCUCACCUAUUAAACAUAAAGGAAAAACACCUAGAAAAGGUGCCAAAACACCUGCAGCUCACAAAGCAAAACCUAGGAGAGGCCGACGUAAGCAAGACAGUUCGGAUGAGGAGAUGGAACAAAGUAAAGAUACGCCCGUCACACGAACAAAACAUGGACGAGGGGCGAAGAAAAAACCUGCUGCGGUGUUCAGUGAUAGUGACGAUAGUGAUAUAGAACUAUUUGAAGUGGACAAAACAUCGAAAAAGAAAAAAGUUUGACCUUUAACCUUGGUAAAUCUGGUAAAGAAGAGAAAGAAAACGCAAGUGAGGAAUCCGACUCGGAACCACUCUCCCCCAAGCCACCGCAACGUCCACGUGGGAAAAACAAACGUCGCUUGACCUCAUUACACUCGCCGCUAAGUCUAAGCAACACGCCAGUAUAACUGUAACAGA